CUUUACCUCUCUGUAGAAACUUUUCCUCUCUUUUGAAGCACAAAACGAAAGUAAAGCGCGAUGACUGGACACUGACAGCAGUGCAGCCAGUAAUUAUUCAAACACUUGUGGGGACCAUCUACACCAAGGACUCUAACUAAAACAAUAAAUUAUACAUAACUAUACAACGUUAGAGAGCAUCCACACUAGAGGAACGUUUAUCGUUCUACACCGAUCAAUCCACUGGUCAACGCGUCCUACUGCAUGCCAAAAGGCCUAUUAAUAAAGCGAUUCAACAACAUUUUAUCAUAAGAAAUGGAUUCCACAAAUUAUAUCUCCAGACUGUGGGAGUAUGCUCAGAGAAAACGUCAGAUGUCUGACAUCAAGUUUGAGGAGGUUGGUACAGAUGGACCGGAUCAUCUUAAAACCUUCACUGUGAGGGUGGUGAUUAAGGGCCAUGCCUAUCCUAACGGGGUUGGAAAGAACAAGAAAGAGGCCAGACAGAAUGCUGCUAAACAUGCUCUGGCUGGCAUGACGGAGACGACAGAGCAGAAAGAUCCUUCUGUUUCAUGUCCUCCGUCACCGGCUCCGUCUCCAGCCCCUCCUGUCCGAGCAGUUAUCUCCCAGCCCAACUACGUGUGCUGGCUGAAUGAACACAGUCAUAAGUACAGACUGCCUAUAAAGGCUUUGGAAGAAACACGUGAUGGACCCAACAACACCUCACAAUGCUGUAGGUAUGUGGUAGGUGAGAAAGAAUACCCAGAGGGCUUUGGGAACACAAAGAAGGAGGCUAAGGAGGAAGCAGCAAUGCAGGUCUAUCUGGAGUUACGUGGCAGUAGUCAGACUACAGGGACUGUAGAUGAAAACUGCAAUAGCACUACUGGAAAACACAAGGAGGAAUUGAAUCCAAAGGUUGUGGUCCUCAGUGAGAAGUUUGAACUCAUGAACAUGAGCCCAGAACAGAAUGUUCCAGAACAACACAGCUUCAUUACAACAGAGACCAACUUCAUAGGCAUACUCAACCACUACUGUCAGAAAACCAAUCUACCUCUUGACUUUAAACUAGUGGAGAAGAGCGGACCGUCACACGACCCUCAAUUUGUUUAUAAAGUAUUGAUUGACAAGAGAGAAUACCCAGAUGGUUUGGGUAAGACAGCCAAAGAGGCCAAACAACAAGCUGCUCAGUCAGCAUGGUCUGCUCUUCAAGAACAGUCUGACUGGAACAGCCAGGUGUCUUGCAGAUCAACAGUUUCAGAAGAUGGAGGACUAUCCUCUAUAACCCCCUCCAGUACACGGGAAUCCCAGGAUGCAACACCAUCAUCCCUGAUUAUUGCAGGAAGUACCAGUGAUUCCAUCAUAUUCGCAGACUCCGUUAACGUCAGCUCCCCCAAGCAGGACGAAAGCCCUGUAAAUGUGAAGCCUAAAAUUAGACUAGCACCCAACUUCCUGAUGUCACCGGUCAAGACCAAACAGGAAGGUCCCAAUUUAAAAGGCAACAAUUUAGAAACCUUGUCAAGUGGAAGGACAUCCAACCAACCAGUUAAAUCUAGGUUUUUAUCAGAGUUUGACUCGAUAGAGAAGAUUGGCAAAGGAGGCUUUGGCAACGUUUAUAAGGCGCGACGGGAACUGGAGCAGAAGUAUUUUGCCGUGAAGAUAGUACGGAGCAAAGGGAAAGCUAAGCGGGAGGUUGGUGCAUUAGCAGACCUUCAGCACCCCAACAUAGUACGUUACUACACCGCCUGGCUGGAGGACACCGCCUACCGAUGCGACACCGCCUCUGAGAGCGACACCACUUCAGAUUCAGGUAGCAGUUCGUCCUCUGAGUUCCUGUACAUCCAGAUGGAACUAUGUGACAAGAGGACUCUAAAAGUGUGGAUCGACGAGAGGAACGCUCAUCGGAAACCCAAACGCAGGGAGGAGAGUCUACACAUCACCCAGCAGAUAGUAGACGGAGUAGAAUACAUCCAUUGCAAGAAACUCCUACACAGAGACCUAAAGCCUGCUAACAUCAUGUUUGGUAUGAGUGACGGAGAGGGGAAUGGCGACGUAAAGAUCGGGGACUUUGGUCUGGUGACGGCAGAAGAUGACGAUAACGAUGAAAACCUGCUGGAGAGAACGAAAAGGACAGGAACCAUGUCUUACAUGGCCCCUGAACAGAGGAACAAGACCUCCUACGACAGAAAGGUGGACAUCUUUGCUUUGGGUCUGAUCUACUUUGAACUGCUCUGCAACCUGUCUGGAAUGGAGAAAGCAAAGGUCUGGGAUGAUGUCAGAAGCCAGAAGUUUCCUCAAAAGUUCAACACGCAGUUCACCAUAGAGAACAAGGUGAUAGAGUGGAUGCUGUGUGCCAACCCAGAGGACAGACCAGAUGCCACGCAGCUGAAGACAAAACUGAAUGAGUGUUCUAGUGUUCUGACCAGAGAUCGCAACUUCCAUCAAGACAACAGAACAGUCUAAAGACAGUCAGUGGAAUUCAUAAAGGGUUUCAGAAUAGUAUUCAGUGUGAUGUAAAAUGCACAACUGAUUCUAGAUCAGUUCUCUACUCUGAGAGCCAUGAAUGCAGGCCCUGAACAUCCAACAAAACAAAUCAAAUCAAAAUGUACUUGUCACAUGCGCCGAAUACAGGUGUAGACCUUACCGUGAAAUGCUUACUUAACCAACAAUGCAUUUCAAGCAAGUUAAGAAAAUAUUUCCCAAAUAAACGAAAGUAAAUAAUAAGAAAAAGUAACACGAUAAAAUAACAAUAACGAGGCUAUAUACAGGGGUUACGGGUACCGAGUCAAUGUGGAGGCUGUAUACAGGGGGAACCGGUACUGAGUCAAUGUACGGGGUUACAGGUUAGUCAAGGUAAUUUGUACAUGUAGGUAGGGGUAAAGUGACUGCAUAGAUAAACAACAGAGCUAUCUGAAUUUCAACUCUAUUUCAUAGACUUUUGUGUGUGUCAUAAAUCAUGUGUUUUGA